AUGGCUGAGCGUUCGAGAUCUAAGCAAAAGGUGAGGUCAUCUAGAAUUAAAGAUUCACCACGUAUUCAAUAUUCUCCUAAGGGAAGAAGACGCAAUGUUUAUUUAGAUGCAGAAGAUAUACAUUUUAGUGAAAACCUAGUAAAAACUUUUGGAGAUGAAGAACAAGUUAGAAGACCAAGAUCCGAAGAACUGGAAACGUAUGUUAAAAGGUCAGAAUCUGAAGAAACUAGUGUAAGAUAUGUUACCAGGAAUAGUUAUCAAGACAAGCAACCUAUUGUGUAUGUUAUGAAAGAACAAGUUGCUGAUGAAAAAGCUUUACCAGAGUAUGUAAUGCAACGUCCGUCAACCCGCAACGUUCGUUGUCAAGUGAAAACACAUUACGUUAUACAACCGCAGCCUAAACAGAGAAAACCAUUAAGCAAUGAGCAUCAUAUAAGUUGUGUUACAAAAAAACAAGCAGAAAAUGAAAAAGCUUUUCGAAGACAAGAAUAUAUACACUUUCCACAGGAAUAUGUUAGUCAAAGUCCAGAAACGCGCAACGUCUGUUGUCAGAUGACAACACAUUACGUGAUACUAUCGCAUUCGAAACAGAGAAGACAUAAUGAACAAACUCAAACUCAACCAGAGGUAGUGGUACCUCCGCCUGACAUACCUUCUUCUAGAACUUCAACUUCAUCAACGCUGCCGCCAUCGCGAGACAAAUCACCUGAAAACAUUAAAGUAAUAAUUACUAACGAUUUUAAAUUAUUGUACCCGAAAUCACCUAAAAAAGGAAUCCAGAAAUAUAUAGAUUCGUCGCCAACUAUUUACACACCAGAGCAACUUACCGAAACAUCAGGGUCACCUUCAGAAUCGUUAGAGCCGGAACCAUUUGACGAUGGUGAAGAUAAUAUCGUACCUAAAACGGAGAAAAAAAUUGACGAUGAUAUUGUCACGGUUGGUGGAGGAUGGAAUACAAUGGACAAUUAUAUGGAAAGACAUGACCCUGUGCAGGGAUUCGUUUAUAUAAGGAACUCUGAUUUACCGGAAAAUAGGAAAAAAUACUAUGGAUUUAAAUCAAUUUAUAAGUACCCUCAAUAUAAGUCAGCAUAUCGUUUUUAUAAAUCAAAAUGUUUUUUUUCAAAAUAUUAGAUAAAUAACGUACAGUUGUGUUAAGUGACAUAUUUAUUUUAUUGUUAUCAGUCUGAAAUCCAGCUUGCUGCUUGUUUGUCCCCUGUUGUACCAUCAGCGUUGUGUUCACUGUCUCAGAACUAGCUAACAUAUCAAGCUAUUUUUAUAUCAAAAAUGUUUAUUUUAUAAAUAUGUAUUUGUAUUAGAGUUCUACUCUGAGUUAGCCAUAUAUGGUUUAUAUUGUUUUUGUGUGAUCUGUUUUCAUGUAAUUAUUGUAUUUCAUAUUUAAUGUAACGAACACUUCUCAACUUUCGGCAGAAAUGCAUAUUGUAAUUUGUGUUAUCUAUCAAAUUUCCUAGCACUUACCACAUGAGCAACAACAAGUCGGUAGGCGAGACAUUUCUGUUCCCGAUUUUGAUAUGCGAGUUUGUCAAUUAAAAUUCCUUUUUGAGCCUGUAAAAAUCGGGGCCCCCUUAGUUGCUUUCCUAGUCAACUUAGGGUUGAUGUAACAGGUAAUUAUUAAUAAAAUAUGUUAAAAAUUUAAAAAAAAAAAUAAAUAAAUAAAUAAAAUUCCUUUCUCGGUAUUAAUUUAUUUCAUCAAAGAUUUUCAAACUAUAUGUAAGCAGGCUUCGUUGUUCUUUCUUGUGAUAUAUUAAUAAUGUUGCUGAAAUACAAUUAUCAUUUAAAGCAAAUUAAAACAUUUUAUACAAUAAAACAUAACAGUUAGGCCACAGCUUAACAUAGAAAGAGCAAUGCAAAUGGAGAACAUGAUCUUCUAAAGAAACAAUUCGAUUCUUUCAAAUGAAAUAAUUACAAUUGAACAAAAAUGUCAUUUCAAUUUAACCCAUAAAGUGAUAUUUUUCAUAAACAUUAUAAGGCUAUAAAGUUCAAACGUAAAAUAUGAAUUAUGACAUUAAGAUGGCCAUGCUGGUAUACGUUUUGCACCCGAAAGUAUCAACAGUUUAGCCAGAUCUUUUGGUUUGACAUAAAAAAAAAAAUGAUAUCUUAACUCUCAUUAACUUAUUAUUAAUAAAAUGUGCAACUGUUUGAACUACUAAGGCAUAUAUUGCAUUAGACGUAUCUGCGAAUUUUUCGGAAUUUUCGGUUCAAAAUACUCUUUAACAUCAUAAUGUAUUAAGCCUUUUAAAUGUGUUUUUAUACGAAUGCCAUUACCAUGAUUAGUGAGUCUUAAGUAGCCAAAAUAUAUAUAGUGAUUCAAAUUAGAAGCCUGUUAUCUGUGAUAAGUUCAAAAACCUUUCUUGCAGAAACGGUUUCCUCCUGGAACAGUUUCCUAUCCUACUAACCGUUCUAUCUUCAGAACAGUUUAAACAGCUUUAUCUUAUUUUCUUCCAGUUGAUGAUUAUUUUUGUUUUUUUAAACUGUAAUAAACAGCCUCAAGGUGCUAUGUAGUGAUUCAAUAUAUAAGUCUGGUAUCUGUGAUGAGUUUGUAGAACCUUUCCGAAGUUUCUGAAAGUCCAACUAUUAAACAAUUAUAUCGAAAUCGUUCUAUCUUAAGAACAGUUUAAACACCUCUAAUUUUUUCUUCCAUUUAACGAUUAUUUUUUUACUGUAAUAAACAGCCUCAAAGUGCGCCUCAUCCGUAAUAUUGGUCAUUCUAAAGUUUUCAAGAAUAAUAGCUUUUCAUUUUUCUUGUGUUUUUUUUUUUUUGUAUUAUUCUUGUUUCUCCUCAUUGACAAAAAAUGUAAAUUAUUAAGACUUGGUUAGAGGGUUGUCUCAUUAGCACUCAUACCACAACUUCUAAUAUCUAUAUAGUAUGAUUUAUCAAAUAAAAUGAUCUUAAGGUAAA